UUCAGGUUAUGAAGUCCCAUCCUCCCAGAUUGCUCUCUUCGAUUCGCAGUUGUUUGUACUUUGUUACACUUUUGAAGCUGUAACGGUAUCCUUGGUUUUGUCUGACUAAACUGUGAAGAGAACGUGCUAACACUUGAUAUGAAGUUCAGAGUUAUACACUAAUGCAAUACUGAAUCUAGAGAAUAUGAAACCUGAAACUUCAAGGCAUCAUUUGGAGGAUAUUUUUUAUGUUUAUUAAAAUGCACAUGAAUGUCAGGGGAACUUACAUAUAUGUGGAGACAGAAGCAAGUUGUUGACAAGUAAAUGAGAGCUCAGGUGUUCCUGCCUGCAGCACAUAAAAUGAAAUCAACCCCUGUCAAAUAGAGUUAGGCUGCAGUUCUCUCUGUGCUGCUGAUAGUCCAGUCUUCUUUGCUGGGAAAGUACCGGGUCCUUGUGAUGGGAUUAUAUCCUAAGAGUAUACUGCUGAGUGAGGGGUGUGAGUACAGAUGUGCAACCUGGCGUGACCACUGAGCACUGAAACCUUUUGUAAUAUGUGUGAAGUCUUUUCCUGCUUGCACUGGAGCUGUUAAAUAGUAACCUGCUAAACAAUUGCUUUGCUAUACUGAUAAUUGCCCUGUCCUAUUAUAAUUUAAGAGAACCGUUUAAGGAAGUGUUUGACCUCAGGUGUUUGUUCUUUGCUGGCUUCUCAGGUUUCCUUCCACUAGGUAUUUCUGUCAUCUCUCUUGGUGUGGUUGCUGAAAUAAUUUUGGUAUUUGGAGAGAGGAGAAAUAGGGUUUGGGAUCAACCUGAAGUGAAUCUGUUACUGCUGGAGGAAAAAUUCACUCCUGCUGUGAGCUACUUAUGCCAACCUCUUUUUCUCCUUACCUUUUUUCUCCCACUUGGAGCUAUCUGCAGCUCAUUUCAACCAAACACAGAUUACUGAUGAGAAAUAGUUGUUUUGAAAUUGGAAUUUUGAAAUCUGACCUAACUAGUCAGCUGUGGCUGUAAGGGAAAAUCCCAUCUUUUAGUCCUUAUCUUUAUGCUCCUGCUGCCUUGGAUUCAUCCUACAUGGCAGUUUUGUGGCCACGGAAUGAGUUAAUGUUCUCUACUGGAGCAGCUGUAUCUCAGGGCAGGAUUUCUGAUGUAUCAGGCACCUGAACCAUGGCUGUAGGACUAAAAGAGAGGGGAUCUUUGUCUGGAGUUGGGAGGGGGGAGAAGAGGGUAGGAUUGCACUUUCUCUAACCUCUGCAACCUCAGAGAGGAGGUAGGAAACUCGUGUUGGGCGGGAAUGAUUAUGGAGUUUGAUUAAUUGCACAAUCUGAUUCAGGGCCAGGGAGGAGGUGGAACAUGCCAAACGAGAUUAGCAAGUCAAUUCACUUUUAGGGUAGGGAGGUGGCAAGCUGAACCAGGACACUAGAAAAAAUAGAAGUAUGACAAAAAUGUGUUAUCAUAAAGGAGCAGAGCCUGGAUCUUUUGGUAGGAUAUGCUGUUAUGUAAGGAGGGGGUAGUGUUCCUCUAUUCCUGGGGAGAAAGCCUGUGUAGGUGGUGAAGCUUUCAAGUUGCCUGCUUGGACACAGCAAAUCCUGUUUGUUGUCACUUACCUGGCUGAGGACGAGCAGCUUUGAUUUCUGUUGUAAGAUGGGACAGAGGAGAGGAGAGAGUCUCACACCUUUGCCUGCCCUGUUGCAGCCCCUAAAACUCUCAGGUGACCACCAGCCAUGGGUUUGGCAGUUGUGCUUUCUUGCUUUGGCUCACCUCCUGUUGUUUUACCAGGAGAGCUCAUCCUGAAUCCUCCCAGCUUCCCAUCAGGAGCAUGACAGUUGUUUAUGCUGACAUUAAACAGGGCUGCCAGGAGGGUUGUGGGGUCAUUGCAGACUCUGGAGUGUCCCCAGCAUCCUGCUGGGGUGGCUGGAUUUCCGUGUAUGAAUUGUGGUCACACCUUUUCCCUAUGGCUCCUUUUGUCACCUGCCUGAGCUGCUGCCAGGUUGCAGUUCAGCCAGUUCCUGUUGCAGUACCUGGAAUAAAGUAUGGGGGUUUUUAUUGUCAAGGAGCUUCAGGUCAUGUUGGAGCAAACAAGAGGAGCUUUGUGAAAGUUUAAAACAAACUGCAGAGUCUUGCUCUUUGCUGUAUAUUGAGGACACACGUGAUCCUGCCUUCUCCAUUGUGCUGGUGUAGGGAGCUCAAGUGCUGAAAAAACUUGAUUUUUCCUUUUCCAAGGCUUUCUGAUGGUGUGGAGCUUUGUGCAGUGCUGGUACUGGGUCAGGGAAAUGGGGUGGAAGAGGGAGUGCUGGUCAAGCCUUGCCAGCAGCAUUGUUUAGCAGCACUCACACUCAAGCUGGAGGAGUCUCUCAUUCUCAUUGUAGUGGAAACACUACAGCCAUUUUUUGAACAAAUUGCAAGCUCAUGAAUGUUUCUGAUGUGCUCAAACAGAGCUUUGUGAGCUGGGGAGUUGCCUCUUACUAGCCAUUCUGGGACAAAAGCAGAGUGUUUUGAUGGAAGCUGGCUUUGGGUCAAGUUCUGAGUGCAUCUUUCCUUUGUGUCUCCACUGCUUUGUACCAUGCCGAACUCUUCAAAUAAAUAAUACAUUAUAAAAGUCAGAGAAGGCUGCAAUUUAUAUAGCCUUAAAGUUCUCCACUGCAUUUUUGAUGUGCAGUUUAGUGAUGUUAAUUACUUAGCUCUGAAAUGGAUAACUGCUGAUUCAAAUGUUAUGAUUAGAAAAUAACCCAAUAACUCAAGCAGACUAUUUACUUACCACCUUCUCUUGUUUGGAGAUCAGCAGUAAACAAAGGCAGAGUGAAGAAUUUGCCACGUCGUGACUGAAGGUAGAAGGAAAAAAAAAUAAACCUGCAAGGAGAUCAGCCUAGCAGCAGAUAUUCCACAUUUGUGGAAUCCAGAGGCUUUGGGGGAAUCUUUGUUAGACUUCCAGAAGAACAAAUAACGCUGUCACACGUACAUAAUUGUGUCACCUGCAGUCUGGUGCCAGCUCUAGUGUAGAUGGCUCAGCUUCCUCCUGGGAUUCGUUUCAUCACUUCAUUCUCACGGGAUCAGUGGUAUAGAGCUUUCAUUUUCUCUCUCACUUUCCUGCUGUAUGCCAGCUUCCAUCUCUCAAGGAAACCUAUCAGUAUAGUGAAGGGAGAGCUGCAUAAGCAUUGUGCAAGUCAAGUUGAACUUGACUCCUUCAAAGAAUAUGCUGCCCAGAUCCAGCCUGUCAAAAAGCCAUUUAAUGCCUCUCAGUGUGGAUGGGAGCCAUUUGAUAAGAGCAACUACAAACAGCUACUGGGAGCACUGGAUUACUCAUUUUUGUGUGCAUAUGCAGUUGGAAUGUAUUUAAGUGGACUCAUCGGAGAGCGGCUGCCCAUCCGGUACUAUCUGACAGGGGGGAUGCUCGCCAGUGGCCUCUUCACUGCCAUGUUUGGAUUGGGUUAUUUCUAUAAUGUGCAUAAUCUGUGGUUUUACAUAAUGGCCCAGAUAGCUAAUGGGUUGGUGCAAACCACUGGUUGGCCGAGUGUCGUUACAUGUAUUGGCAACUGGUUUGGAAAAGGAAGGAGAGGUUUGAUCAUGGGAGUCUGGAAUUCACACACUUCAGUGGGAAAUAUUUUGGGAUCCUUGAUUGCUGCUUACUGGGUGUCCACAUGCUGGGGCCUCUCCUUUGUGGUGCCUGGGGUCGUCGUGGCUGUCAUGGGGGUUGUUUGUUUCCUGUUCCUUAUUGAACAUCCUAAAGAUGUCAGUUGCUCCUGCACACCAUCCAGUGGUUCUAAAACCUUCCUGAAUGGUGCCUCUCGGUGCAGAAUCCAGAUGCCGACCUUAAAUGCUAAGGAAAAUGGCAAACUUCAGGAUCCAGAGGUGCAGCAUUUACUCACUGACAGUGAGAACUGCAGCGUGUCCCUGAGCUCCAGCACUGUGGCCACUGGGGAAGGAAGGCACGGGACAUCAGCCAUCAGCUUCCUUGGGGCCCUGAGGAUACCUGGAGUCGUGGAGUUCUCCCUUUGUCUCCUGUUUGCAAAGCUGGUGAGCUACACUUUCCUCUUCUGGCUUCCCCUCUACAUCACAAAUGUAGAGCAUCUUGAUGCCAAAAGAGCUGGAGACCUUUCUACACUGUUUGAUGUGGGUGGGAUCUUUGGUGGGAUUUUGGCAGGUCUCAUUUCAGACAGGCUGGAGAAGAGAGCAUCAACCUGCGGGAUGAUGUUGCUGCUUGCAGCACCCACACUCUACAUGUUCUCUGCAGUCAGUAAAAUGGGCCUUGAGGCUACUGUAGUGAUGCUGCUUAUCAGUGGUGCCCUGGUGAAUGGCCCUUAUGCCCUGAUCACCACUGCUGUCUCUGCUGACUUGGGAACCCAUAAAAGCCUGAAAGGGAAUGCAAGAGCCUUGUCCACAGUGACAGCAAUCAUCGAUGGGACAGGGUCUGUGGGUGCAGCUUUGGGGCCUCUUCUGGCUGGCCUUAUUUCCCCUUCUGGCUGGAACAACGUGUUUUACAUGCUCAUGGUGGCAGAUGCAUGUGCCUUGCUACUCUUACUCCGUCUUAUCCAGAAGGAACUUCAGUGUCAUGCAGAUCACAGCCUGUUCAAAGAGCACUGAGCCACGAGACCAGAGCUGGGAUGAGGAGUGUGCCAAUGGAUGGAGCUCUUCCCUGAAAACCAAACACCUUAUCCUGUAUUUAAAGAGUCUCAGUGUGGUGAAGAGCCUUGCAGGUUUGCUGGGAGCAGCUGGUAAAUCCCUGGAGCUCUGAUUUUUGCACAUGACUAAGUACCUCAGGAUGGCAACUGUUCACCAGAUGAAGAAAUGGGGACUUGGGGAAGGUUUCAGCAGCAUGCCUCAACUGAGCCAAAGAGAAAUACCAAGUGCCUUUUUUAUUUCUUUUGAUAGGAUGUUUUUAAUCGAAAAUAUGAACUGUGUAUUUGCCAAAAAUCAAGGCAAAGCUAGAGCAGGAGGAAGUUGAAAUUUUAGCAGUGUAUGAAUGACUGUCCCAGUGUCAGUGAGCAUAGUAUGUGUCUCUUAUGUCAUCUUGUGUAUGCUGAGAGCAUCACUUUAUAGAGGACAAUAUCAGCUGGUUAUUAAGGUGUGCUACUAUUAGUAUUUGAAGCUGCUCAGACAAUAAUCACCCCACUGUAUUAUUAGUUUUUAGCUACAGUUCUACUUCCCAAGGACAGCAUCCAGCCUUUUGGUAGGUUAUAAAAUAAAAUUUACUCUUCCUGUGUACUGCACUUAGCAGUCUUCACGGAUCCUCUGGAUAGAUGUUAGUCCUCCAUUAGGAUUAUACAAAAAAAAGGAGUUCUAAGCAGCAAAAAGCAGUUUAUGAGUCAGAAUUUCCAGUGGGGGCUCUAAUGAUUUUUCAGGGCAUUAUAAAACGGUUGUGCAAACGUCAAGGAAUUGUGCUGCUCUGCUAGGCUGGGCUGACAUGAGAGGGGUUUUUUUGGGGUGGCAGAGAGCUGUGAGCUGUCCUGUGCUUCUGCACCACAGGACUGAGCAGGUGGAGCUGGCACAGGGGUCUCUGUAGGGUUUCAGUGCUGGUGUGUGCACGUGGAAGUCAUUGUCAGAUCUGGGCCUUAAUAUCCAGAAAUCUCUCUCAAAUGGCUCUGGGUUUCAGAUUUGGAGCCAAAAUAUCAGAGAAGAAAAAUUACCUGUGUGGGUGGUAGUUUGUAAGAGAACAUUUGAGUACCUAGUGCUACCCAGAAAAUAGAUGGUUUAAUGUCUUCAGAACAUAUCAUUUCUCUGUACAGCUGUCUGCUUUGCAAACAGAAUGUUUUUGUGAUUUAUUUUUUUUUUUAAUGUUUUGUACAAAGUGAAAAGAAAUCUUUUUUUGUAUGGGGUGUUUAUACCUAGAUCACAAAGAUAAGGUAAUUUAAACUGUGUGUUAUCCUUAACUGUAUUUAUUAAAGCUCUAGGCCUUUGUCUUGCUCUAUGCUCUUAAGUUUUGUGAGACAGUGCAAGAGUCUUUACACUUGAUUAGCAAAACACUUUAAAAGCCCUGCAAAAUAUUCAGGAAUGUCCCAUCAGCUGCUGGCAACACUUAAUUUCCAGUUUUGUACCUGCUCAGUCUUUGAGUUUUUCCACUGUUUUGCUGAGCAGAGGUGCAGGGAUGACCUCAGACCCACAGGGACUUAGGGAAGGUGCCAGGUCCUUGCAGGGAGCUCUAGGAGGGUCCUGUCCCUGCACUCACCUGGCUGGAAGGCUGACCUCACACAUUUUGAGUAAGGCAGGGAGGAUGCUCAACAUACGAACUCAAAAAUCUGUGCUGUGCUUGGGCUGUGGUUAAAUGUGACAGAAUUGUGCAGUAACGUUCAUUGAAAGGAUUUCCAUCCUCCUGGAAUGGGAAAUGCUCCUCACUGAACCAGGCUGAACCUCGGGCACUGCUGAAACAGCCUCUGAUGGGGCAAAAAUAACAUUGCAACCUGAGAAGAGCUGUGCUGGCACAACUUCAAUGCCUGUGUGGGGAGGGAGAGAUGGAUGGAGGACCACUUUAGCUGGGGAUUCCAAUCCCCUCCCCCAAAAUUAUGUGUAGAGCUUUAUACUGGUUUACUGAAACAGUUCAAACUCUGCUGCACUCAGAUUUUGAGAAGCUGUCCCCUGUGGGCUGAAGCCUGAGGUUAAAAAGCUUUUGGUUGCAUUUCUGAAGAUACUUAAGUGUGUUUUGGGUUUUACUUGUUGGGGCUGCUGCUGUUAUUUAUUUAUUUAUUUGAAUAGCUUUUGCACUGCAGUGACUCGGGUAUGGGGUAAUGAGAGAUUACAUUUCAGUUCCUCCAAGCUACAAAUUUGUUGGACAAAAAGACAAAGAUUUGUUUUUCUUCUUUAAAAAACCCUAAAUGUCCCCCAAAUGGUGAAUAAACUGUGUGUUUUGUUAGUAUCAAGUGUCUAUAUCUAUUAAUCUGGAAAUGGGCAAGACUGACAAAAUUUUGUAUGUAAAAAUGUGAGUGACCAGUAGGUACAGCCAAAUUUAAGUGCGACUGCAGGGUUGCUUUGUUGGUUUUUUAAUGCUGAUUAUUGUGAAUUUUAUCCAUUCACCAUCCAUGUGUUGAAUAAAAAUAUAUUCAAAUCUAAA